GCCUGUGGUGCGCACGCUGAUUAUACACAGUCAUAAUAAAUAUACGUUAACGAUUUAGUUAACGGCAUGUGGGAUCUAUAAUGGGGUUACGUCAGAGUGAAACAAGACAAAAAGUAUGAAUAGUAUGAGCCGAGUAACACUUAAUCUCGUAACCCUGAGUAGUGUUGGUCUGGGUGGCUGGUAUCUAGGCAAAUUUUCCGAACGGAAGCGUUGUUCAAACGAGAAAGACAAUGGAACAAUUAAAUUCUCGAAGGCGCGAAUUUGUAAUAUGCCGGCUUUACCCUUGUUCGGCACGGUUACAGCGGCUACCCCCUUGACACCAGUCGAAAACAAACCCGAGAUGGGCUCCAAAAUAUCCUCGACAGCCGCGAGAAUAUCGCAGAUUAUGAAAUUUGGUUUUCCCGGAUUGGAUCACGUCAGAUCGUAUGAAGAUUUUGUACUAUCUUAUGAUAGACGGAACAAAGUUGCUCAUUGGGUAUUUGAACACUUGACCAAAGAUAGAUUGCAAUACAAAGAUUCUGUGGAUCGUUCAAAGUGCGAAUUCAAACCUGAUCAGAGUAUACAUCCUUUCUUCAGGUCAGAGAAUACAGAUUAUAAGGGAAGUGGAUAUGAUCGUGGCCAUUUGGCUGCAGCUGGGAAUCAUAAAGUUGAACAGAAACAUAUGGAACAAACUUUCUUCCUCUCCAACAUGGCGCCACAAGUUGGCGUGGGUUUCAACAGAGAUUCUUGGAAUAGAUUGGAGAAAUAUGUUAGAAAAUUGACAAACAUCUAUAAGGAUGUUUAUGUAUGCACGGGACCACUUUAUCUUCCAAAGAAAGAAGCAGAUGGAAAGAAAUACGUGCGCUACGAAGUAAUAGGUGUAAAUAACGUGGCAGUACCUACACACUUUUAUAAAGUGAUCGUUGGUGAAACAAAGGAAGGCAAACUGGAGAUGGAAGCUUUUGUAAUGCCAAACAUGCCAGUCAACGAUAAUACACCUCUCACGAAUUUCCAGGUGCCACCGGAGACAAUCGAACGCGCUGCUGGACUUUUAUUUUUCGACAAAAUAUCGCGCGACAAACUGAGUAAAGUGAACGGCAAGAAUACAGGCUGAUUUUAACUCUACAUUAGUUAAAUUACUUUUAGUCUAUUAUUAGUAACGAUGAGUAAAAAACGGAUUUACAUAAAAUUGAUUUUCGUCAAUGAACGACAAACUGAAAACAGGCACUUAUGUUGCUGAAUAUAUUCAUGGAUUAUAA